AAGGAUGGAGACAUUAUGUUGGGGGGAAUUUUCUCUUUCCACAGCAGCUGGGAUUACAGAAAAGAUACCUACACACACAAACCACUGCCACUGCAAUGCAUCAGUUUGAAUUUCAGAGGUUUCCAGUAUCUCCAGGUUAUGCUCUUUGCCAUAGAGGAGAUUAAUAACAGUUUAGAUCUACUCCCCGGCAUCUCUCUGGGCUAUAAGAUCUAUGAUGUUUGUGGUUCCAUUGCCAGAGGUGUGAGGGUUACACUGGCCUUGGCUAAUGGCAAUGAAGUUGUAUCUGCAUUCUCUGAGGCAUCAUGUACCAGACCUGCCCAAGUGCAGGCGAUUGUGGGGGAGACCUCUUCAUCCCCUUGGAUGGCUAUGGCUACUGUCAUUGGACCCUUUAAUAUCCCUUCGAUCAGCCACUUUGCUACUUGUGCUUGUCUCAGUGAUAAAACUAAGUACCCAUCCUUCCUCAGAACAAUACCCAGUGACUACUACCAGAGCAGAGCCCUUGCCCAGUUGGUCAAGCACUUUGGUUGGACUUGGGUUGGAGCCAUUAGAACAAAUGAUGAUUAUGGCAAUAAUGGCAUGGCCACAUUCACAGAAGUGGCCCAACAGCUGGGCAUCUGUCUGGAGUACUCUGUACCUUUAUUUAGAACUGAUCCACCAGAAAAAAUACAAAGGAUUAUUGACAUUAUCAAGGCUUCUACUGCAAAGGUGAUUGUUGCUUUUCUCUCCAACUCGGAUAUGGAAGUCCUAAUUCACAAGUUUUCACAUCACAACUUGACUGGGUUCCAGUGGGUCGGCAGUGAGGGCUGGAUCUCUGAUUCCCAAAUUGCAGCCAUGGAUAAACAUCACAUUCUGGAUGGGGCCAUAGGCCUGGCCAUCCCCAAAGCACAUGUCAGUGGUUUGAGAGAGUUCAUGUUGAAUGUAAAACCGCUCAAUACAUCGAGUAAUGAAUUGUUUGCAGAGUUUUGGGAGACUUUAUUUAGCUGUAAGUUCAAGCAGUCAAAGUCAUCAGCUGGGAUUCAGAGAGAAUGUACUGGACAUGAAGAUGUGACAGAAGUGCAAAACAGCUUCACUGAUAUGUCGCUCAUGCCUAUCUUUUAUAAUGUGUAUAAAGGAGUUUAUGCUGUGGCCCAUGGACUUCAUAGUGCCCUCAGCUGUAACAAAACAUGUAAUAACACAAUGCAGCUUGAUCCAUUUAAGAUUUUGCAGCACACAAAAAAGGCUUACUUUAAAACAAAGGAAGGAGAUGAGGUUUACUUUAAUGAGAAUGGAGACCCACCAGCAAAGUAUGAAAUUAUAAACUGGCAGCCAACAGAAAAUGACAUUGUGGACUUUGUCACAGUUGGUCUUCAUGAUGCAUCUUUACCUGCAGACAAACAACUUAUUCUGCAAAACAAGUCUUUAAUUUGGGCACAGAACUCACAACAGGUGCCUUUGUCAGUGUGCAGUGAGGAAUGUCCACCAGGAACUCGCAAGGUUCUCCAGAAAGGAAAGCCUGUCUGCUGCUAUGACUGUUUAAGAUGUGCAGAGGGAGAAAUAAGCAACAUGACAGAUUCUAUCACCUGUGUGAGAUGCCACCCUGAGUUCUGGUCAAAUGAGAGAAGAGAUUCCUGUGUACAGAAAGAGGCAGAGUUUCUGUCAUAUGAAGAGAUUAUGGGAGCUCUUCUCACUGCAGCAUCUUUAUUUGGAACAUGCAUCACUGCUGUUGUAGCCUUCAUUUUCUUCAGAUACAGGAAAACUCCUAUUGUCAGGGCCAACAACUCUGAGCUGAGCUUCCUGCUGCUCUUCUCCUUGACUCUGUGUUUCCUGUGUUCUCUGACCUUCAUCGGCCGGCCCUCUAAUUGGUCCUGCAUGCUACGACACACAGCGUUUGGCAUCACCUUUGUCCUCUGUAUCUCUUGUGUACUGGGGAAAACUAUAGUGGUGUUGAUGGCCUUCAGGGCCACACUUCCAGGAAGUAAUGUGAUGAAAUGGUUUGGGCCUACACAGCAGAAAUUCAGUGUUCUGGGUUUCACUCUUAUACAAGUUGUCAUAUGUAUCCUGUGGUUAACAAUCUCUCCUCCUUUUCCAUAUAAGAAUUUUAAGGAUUUCAAAGAUAAAAUCAUCUUAGAGUGCGCUCUGGGCUCAGCUGUAGGCUUCUGGGCUGUACUUGGGUACAUAGGACUUUUGGCCAUGUUAUGUUUCAUUCUUGCUUUUCUGGCUCGGAAACUACCGGAUAAUUUCAAUGAAGCCAAAUUCAUCACCUUCAGUAUGCUGAUAUUCUGUGCAGUAUGGCUCACUUUUAUCCCAGCGUAUGUCAGCUCUCCUGGGAAGUUCAGUGUUGCUGUGGAGAUAUUUGCUAUUCUAGCCUCAAGUUUUGGACUGCUCAUUUGCAUUUUUAUUCCAAAAUGUUACAUUAUCUUACUGAAACCAGAAAAGAAUACAAAAAAGAACAUGAUGGGGAAGGGGGACCAAAAACAUUGUGAAAACUCUUCCACAGCCAGCGCAAUACCGGAGAUUGUACCCGUGGAGCUCCGCAGGCUGGCUAAGAAGCCGAGCCAUCGGAAACGCGGAAGAAGAGGUGGCAUUCAACGGAGAUUAAAGACUCUCCGGCUCGACAAUCGCCGCAAACUACCACCACUUCCUUCUGUCCUGCUGUCAAAUGUUCAAUCUAUCCGCCACAAAAUAGAUGAACUAGAGACAUACGCCAAGUUUAAACGGGAAGUAAAAAUACCUGCCUUCUUGCCUUCACCGAAACAUGGCUCGGUGAUACAGACCAAAACUCUGACCUGA